AAACCGAUUCGGACGAUGAACCGUCGACACCCGUACCCCCAAUUCCACAAAUCCGACAAAUCCACCUGAAAACCGAUCGCACAUCGAGUCCAAAGGUUGUUCUCGUUUCCGAUAUGGAAUCGCUCCAACAGCAGCGCCAGCACCAUUUAUCGGGAAGUGCGGUUGCCAGUACAAGCACCUAUCACAACGAUCACCAGAACCAGCACCACCAGCUCCAUCGUCGCAGCGCUACUUGCCGACCUGAGUUCAUCAACAGUUCAAUUCGCAUAAAAGGCGACGAAUUGUCGCAGUCUGCUUCAUCUCCUUUGAUGAGCAGCCUAUCGAAGGAAAUACACGGCCUGGACAGCCAACGGUCUAGCCACUGUCCGGUGGUACGGGAGGGUCCCGCGCUGGGUUGCAAUUUCUGCUGGAACACAAGGAGGAUACUGCGACGGAAAACCAAGUACCACUGUCCCGAGUGCCAUACGAACUUGUGCAUUGCGCCCUGCUUCCAGGAGUAUCACGAACGACAAUCGGCGGAGAACCCUGCCCCCACCAGCAACGACAGCGGAAGCGCCUGUGUGUAUGGUGUAGGUGGAUUGUUCAUUCUGCCAAAAACGUACGAACGUUCAUUCUGCCAAAAAUUACUCGCACCGCCAUUAUCUUUUUACAAACUGUUUGCCCAGCCUAAUUCAAUCAAGCGCACAACAUGAAAAAAAACGAAUCUACAGUAAAAGCCAAAAGCACCGUUAUACGUCAUGAACCCGGAUACCUGCUUUUGCGCCCUCUAAAAGUGUCCCGUAAAGAAAACUAAUACGGCCUCCACUGUGCUAAGUUUGUCCACAAGAACAGACAGAACUUGUCGUUCUCGAAAACGGACGUUAAAAUCAUCUAACGGAAAAAUCACGACGGAAACUCCGGCACGCAAAAUCUCUGAUUGUUAAGGUGAGACCGUUAUUUGUAAUAAUUUAAUUAUAUAUUCAAUACCCUCAUGGGGGUGACAAUGGGUCUGGGGGUGAGAAUGGGUCAUCGCUCUUACCGACAGCCUGGAGGUCGGAUUACAAAAUCGUUCAAAAAGGUCUCUUAUAUUUUAGUUUUCUCUCCCACAGAUAUAUUCAACCUGUUCUACAAGCAUUCUUAGUAGU